AUGUCCGCGUCCGGCCCCGCCACUCCCCGCACAAACGUCCGGGUCGCAGCCGUCCAAGCCGCUCCUGUAGCCUAUGAUCUGUUCAAGUCCUUGCACAAGCUCCGCUCGCUCGUAUUUGCCGCUCGUGAGAAUGGCGCCGAGAUUGUCGUUUUGCCAGAAGCCUUUCUGAGCGCGUACCCGCGUCACCUCGAUUUCCGGAUCGGCAGCAGGACGCAGGAGAGCAGGGAGUGGUACGGGCGGUACGUCAAGUCCUCUGUCAAAGUCCCACACGGAGCCGAAGGCCGCGACUGGCUCUCAACAUCCACUGAGCAGCGCCCAGACCAAGACUACUGGGCGUUCCAGCAGUUGGCCCAGAUUGCACGCAAGUACACCCUCUAUCUAUCUGUCGGUGUCGUAGAGGCCGCCAACGUCGGCUCGACUUUGUGGUGCACCAACCUUCUGUUCGGCCCCACGGGCAUGUUGCUCUCGAAACACCGCAAGAUUCAGCCUACUGCCGCCGAGAGGAUUGUGUGGAACCAAGGCGAGAGGACCAACCCGACUGGAUUGAAGCGCGAGAGAACAGAGGACGGGGGUAUGAAGCCCAAGAGCGAGGGCACAGACAACUUGCCAGUGGUUUCUACUCCUGUCGGCAAGAUUGGCGGGCUGAUAUGCUGGGAGAACUUUAUGCCCCUCGCCCGCUACUUGCUGUACAAGAAGGGUGUCGAGAUUUACCUCGCCCCCACAGCCGACGGGCGCCAGACGUGGUUGCCGUCCAUGCAACAUAUAGCACAGGAAGGCCGGUGCUUUGUGGUAACUGCCAACCAAUACCACGCCGCCACCGACUUCCCAGCCGACUAUCCACCAUCCGCAGAACAGCCCCACCCAGAACACAAGGCCCAUCUGGGAUGCGCAGACAAGAUCCCCGAAGUGUGGUCCCGCGGCGGGAGCGCCAUUAUCGGUCCUCUGGGCGACGUGCUGGCCGGGCCGUUAUGGGACAAGGAAGGAAUCAUUUACGCGGAUCUCGACUUGAGUCUCAUUGAUGGGGCCAAGCUCGACUUUGACCCCGUGGGGCACUACAGCCGUGAGGAGAUGCUCAUGGAUCUCCUCAACGCCACGGUGUGA